CACUCUCCCCAUAGUUUCUGCACCCAUUGCAACCCCACUGCAAGAUAUCGAACAAACCAAAACUUAUAAUACUUGAAGAGCUUCUUAGAGUUUAUUGUGUUUGAAAUGGCAAGCUACGGAGAAGGAGGAUACGGAGGACAGAAGCAUCAUGGAAGUGAUGAGUAUGGCAAUCCGGUUCGUCAGACAGACGAGUAUGGGAACCCGGUUGAGCACACCACUGGGGGAACCAUGGGGGAGUAUGGCACUGGUGGACUCACCGGUGCAACCGGCAUGCAUGGCACGGGUGCACAUGGCGUUGGGCUCUCCACUGGCAGUGAUGGGCAGCCGCGGCUUAACCGCUCCGCGAGCUCCAGCUCCAGCUCAUCUGAGGACGAUGGAAUGGGAGGAAGGAGGAAGAAAGCUGGGAUGAAGCAGAAGAUUAAGGGGAUGUUGCCUGGGGGGCACAAGGAGGAUCAGCAGACCCAAACGACGACUCCCGUUAUGGGAGGUUCGUAUGGAGCAACUGGUACCGGAGAGCAGCCUGAGGAGAAGAAAGGAAUUAUGGAUAAGAUCAAGGACAAGCUGCCCGGUGGUCACCACUGAUUCAUACACCCAGUUCUGCAAUCUCGUGUCUAUAGCCAUGAGAUCGUUUACGUGUGUGCUUAAAUAAUUUUAUGUUAUAUAUACUGCAGAAAACCACGGCUUUUCUUGUAUGUGGUUGGUGUGUUUCUUUUUAUUAAUAAGCGGCCCUCAUCACUGGUCAGGUUCUCAGCUAUUGCAGGCUGCUCCUGUACCUAUGUAUAUCAAAGUGGUGGCGUUUAUGUACUCGUGGGUUUCAUCUAAUACAUAUUACAAGCGUGCUUUUGUAUUA